AUGCCUCGUCUGGGUGAUGAUGGCCAGGAAGAGGAGACGCUCCUCGAGUACGGCACAAAGAGGACGCGCCGCAUAGUGGGUGGCUUUUUGGACUUUGCGACUCAGGGCAACAUCCUCGAGAUCGCCUUUGGAUUGAUCGUCGCCGCGGCCUUCACAAACGUAGUAACCAGCUUCGUGAGCGACAUCCUCCUGCCGCCCUUGUCGGUCCUCCUCCCGCUCAACGCGAACCUGGACCUCAAGUUCGCGGUGCUGCAGGCGGGCGCCACGUACUACGAUCUCCCGCGGGGCUACCGCACCAUCGAGCAGGCGCAGGCGGACGGUGCAGUGGUCAUGGCCUACGGCGUCUUCCUUAACAAGACGCUCAACUUUGUCGGCCUCGGCUCGGCGUUAUAUGCCCUCGCCGGGCUUUAUCAGUAUCUCAGCAAGGACCCUAUCAUCAAGCACAUGGUUAAGUGCCGGGUCAUCGAACGAGCGUGA